AUUAUCUUUGUUGCUUUAAGUUUUCCUCUUCACACCCCUCCCCACCCUCUCUCUCUCUCUCUCUCAAUAAACCGAAACAACACAUCAAUAGUACCCAAGGAAUUCCAAUCAAACAAUAUCCUAUAGGAAACACACACACACACACAAACAAAAAGCUAGCAACACAAAAAAAGAAGUGACUAUAGUUUGAUUCAUUUCAUUCAUUCUAGCUAGCAAAAAAAAUAAAAUAAAAUUACUGUCAAUCAACUCAACUUCUCAUAAAGUUAUUAAGAGUGAACAUGGAAGGAGGAGGAGGUGACGAUCAUCUCCACCUUCACCAUCACAACCAGCACCAGCACCAGCAUCAUCAUCAGCAAUAUCGUCCUAACAACUUCCCUUUCCAAUUACUCGAAAAGAAAGAAGACGAACCAUGCUCUAGCUCCUCCGCUGCGAAUAAUAAUAACUAUCCUUCCCUAGCCAUUUCACCAUCCGAUACGAAUACGAAUAUAAACCCUAAUAGUGACAACCUUCAGAUUACAGUUGCCUCUAAUACUGAGAUCACUCCCAAAAAACCACCUCCAAAGAGAACUUCCACCAAAGACCGCCAUACUAAGGUUGAUGGCCGUGGUAGACGUAUACGUAUGCCUGCUCUUUGUGCUGCUAGGGUUUUCCAGCUCACUCGAGAACUCGGUCAUAAGUCCGAUGGUGAAACCAUCGAAUGGCUUCUCCAACAAGCUGAACCUGCUGUUAUAGCUGCCACUGGAACUGGUACAAUUCCAGCUAACUUCACAUCACUCAACAUUUCGUUACGUAGUUCAGGAUCCAGCAUGUCCGUACCAUCACAACUACGAUCCUCGUAUUUCAAUCAUCCGAAUUUUUCACUCUCACAAAGACGAGGUUUGUUUCAAGGUCUUGGUUUGUCCUCUGAUAGAUCUGCAACAACGUUGUUGAAUUUCCAGACAGGAAAUUCGAACCCUAGUAGUCUGCAUCAGUUCCAAGCUAAACAAGAAAUGCGUGACAGUUCGUUAGAUUUAACGGAGACGAGUAUAGAAGAAAGUCUAAAUCGAAAAAGGAGACAAGACCUCGACUUGCAACAACAGAAUGAACAACAAAUGGGGAAUUAUUUGCUACAAUCAUCAAGUAGUGGGACUAUGCCAACUAGUCAUUCGUCAAUUCCAGCUAAUUUUUGGAUGUUAACGAAUAAUAAUACCCAAGUUUUGGGAGGUGAUCCAGUGUGGACGUUUCCAUCGGUUAACAACAGUGGUGCUGCAGCUGCUGCUUUGUAUAGAAGCACAAUGUCAAGUGGAUUACAUUUCAUGAAUUUUCCUACACCAGUGGCACUAUUGCCAACUCAACAAUUUGGCGGAGGUGGUGGUGGUGGUAAUGGUGGCAAUACGCUAGGCGGAGAAGGCCAGUUGGGCAUGGUCACGGGACUAAACCCGUAUAGGCCAUGUUCCGGUGUAUCGGAGUCUCAGGCUAGUGGAUCACAUUCACAUCACGGUGGUGGUACCGAUGAUCGGCAUGAUUCAACGAGCCAUCAUAAUUCCUAAAAUAUUGAUUGUUGUUGUGUGAUAUAAAGUUUGGAUGGUUAAACACACGACGUGAGGUUUGAGUAUAUGCUUGCUCUAUCAAUUUGAGUUUGCUUAUUUCAUUUUGAUAUUUUUUCGUGUGAUUAAUAUUUGCCUGCCGGUUUUUUUAGGGUUUGAAGAGGGCAAUACUUUAAAUUUUUUUGGACAAAGGGAGUAUUUGAGUAUUUGAUUGGUAACACCAGAGAUUGUUAUUGAUCAUCUUCAUUAUUGUUUUUACCCCUUUUAUUCAUUUUACCAAGAGGUACAUGUCAAAAGUUACUAUGUAUUGGCCGUGCAUGGGUGUAUCUUAUAAGAAUAAUUUUUACUGACUUGCAAA